AGCACACAAGUCUCUUUCAAACACCCCCCCUAGGCUCUGAUCCUCUCCCACGUUCACUUCUCUCCAACCACCGUCGACUGUCUCUAUUCUCCUCCGGCCACCUCCACCUAAUGAAUGUAAAUGCAGGACGCUCCUAUUAGUGUAACCUUCGUCUUUGGGUUGAAGCCAAGCAUUAUGAUGGCCCUAUUUACAGUGAUGCUGCUGGUGCUGCCGAUGGUGCUGCCGCCAUUGCCGCCGCCACCAAUGUUCUUGAUGUGGAUCCCUGUUCUCAUGAUGGCGGCUCUCGUUUUUCUGGCGUUUAUGCCGUCCACCUUGCCUCCGGAUGUUAAUUUUAGUGCCUAUGCUUAGAUAGCCCCAAAAGAAAAUUUCCUCUCUUUUUCAUCUUGAAUGGGUAAAAUGUAGGAAAUGUGGCUAAAGAGUUGGAGAAUUUGCUUGCAAAUGAAAUCAAUUCCCCCUA